UGUAUCUAUAUAUAAAAAAUUAUUACUAUUUUUUAAUAUAAUAUCUUGACCGCUGCACUAAGAGACCCUACGUCUCUUAGCCACCGAAUGUAUUGUACAAUUGUUCAUCGCCGUUCCAUGACAGCAGGGCUCUCAUAGGUGGUACCCUACUCUUACAGCUGAGGCUUAAUCAACUAUUUAUGUUAUCCUCUCUCACUCCCCCUUCCCCCACCGUCGCUUUGCUACCCCCAACCCAAUCUCCUCUUCUCUCCAGCCUUCCUUUUCUGCCUCACCCAUUUUCGAAGUUAUUUAAUUUUUCUGCUUUGUACAUUAUUAUCAGCUCCUUCACAGUUCACGGUAUAACCUCAUCACACGGACACAAUGGUUGAGUUCCAGCUUAUUAGUCUUGCCACAAAACCCACAGCGCAGAUCUCCUAUAGCUUUCAGCCGGCCGUAUCCACGACAAAACCAGCGUUACUGGUCUUUCUGAAUGGUCUCGGACUGCCACAGGUGUCGUGGUUGCCGGCCAUCGCCCAGUUGAAGGAGCUGCGCCAGGAGAACAUCCCCGCUACUCUGACCUACGACCGCUUCGGCCAGGGCCAAACCACGGACCGCGACCCUAGCGACGAGGGCGUAGCGGACCUAAUGCAUGGCCAUGACUGCCUCAGCGUUGUUCGCGACUUGCACCAGCUUAUCACCCAAGUCAUCGCCGAGAAGUUAGAUGUGUCCGAAACAGACAGUGUGCCUCUUGUUCUAGUUGGAAACUCGAUUGGCUGCGCGCUGGCUCGGCUUUACGCACAAGAGUAUCCCGGCACCGUGGCUGGCCUCUUGUUUCUCGACAGCGUCCUUGCCAACUCGGACUUUGUGUCGGUUUUCCCCGAUCCGGACGCAGAGGACUUCGAUGAUACCACGCUUCCACCUGGGAUUCCGCCACAGGCCUUGCGCGCUACUCGAGAAGGCACACGACGGGUUUUCCACCCCGAUGUUGGCAGCAAGGAGGGCUUGAGUCGGAAGAACCUCCGAACACUGCUGCCCGCCAGCGAUGGCCCAGUUCUGCAGGGUCCGGGUGGUAGGGGACCCUUUGUCACCGUGGUCGGCCACGACUUUGAGGCUUUUGCGGAGGAGUCGGCGAAGAUGGGACCUCCUAAACUGAUUACGAUGACGUACGUGAAUCCGUACUGGCAUCGAUACAAUGAAGGACUAGCUAAGAUCACGGAGCCGGAGAAGAGCAAGGGACCGUUGCAGGCACCGAAUGCAGGACAUUUCGUGCAAAGGGACAACCCGGCAUUUGUGGCCCAUGAACUGAAUGAGCUUCUGUCGAAGGUCUUGUAGCUUGCCGUCACUCUAUCCGGCAACUAGUUUGAGAAUCAUCAUCAAUCAAUAUCUGAACUGUGAUCUGUUAUCCCAUGCUGUAAAUAGAUAUAUCUUAGAUACUAGAAGCCUGUAUAGCCAUGAAACUAGCACAAUUGCAAGACAGCAGAUUACCCUUCUUGAAAAUUAAAAUUACCAGUGGUAUUUUUUCAAGCAAAAUACACUAUUUGUACCACACUAAGAAGCCUUACCCUGAGAUAAACCCUUUUUGG